CCCGCAUUGAUUCUUCCUCUUUCUGGAACGGAGGUUUCCCGUCGGUCUUACUCUCAUUUCCCGGGGCGUUUCCAUGAAGGCGAAAAGUGCGGCUACAUAUUCGCCUCGCUCCCUCUCUCAGGCGCGCCGGACUUGGUAGGUCGUUUCUCUCUCCCAAUACUUUCUACUACGCCGCAUCUCUGCCCCUUGUCUGCACACUCUGCCUCGUGUUGAGGAGACCGAAAUCAUGCACGUCAACACCCUCGCGCUCCUUACGAGCAUUGCCCUCGCUCGCUUUGCCCUCGCAGCCGGGGGCCACGACGGGGAUCGAAACUCGCCUUACCACACUUCCUGUUCUACGCAAUGGGGCUGGUCCGGCCAUGAGUGGAAGACGCAUUGGACUACUUCUUACACCCCAUGCACCACGACGAAAACGAUCACAAGCCUUGUCACGUCAAAUCUGUCGACCUCGACUUCGACGGUGACCGUCCCAACCAGUUCCGGCUUCCAACCCGUGCAGUCGACGCUUCCGCAAGGCUCGUAUUCAGGCUCCGGAGGCUCAGAUCCCGUGUCUAAACGCGAUGUUGGUGGCGAAGGAAGCAGCCGUCAUGUAGCGGGCAGGAGUGAAAACACGCACAUUACCGGUGUGUGGUGCACGCAGUGGAGACCAGGAAAAUGCAUGCAGACCACCAAAACUGUCCACUCUACAACCGUGGUGUCGCCGGUCUCGACAACGACAGUCUAUGCGGCUUGUGCAUCUAACAACUUGGCGGACGCUUUCGGUGGCGCUCCCAUUACCGCCAUAUUUCCCAAUGGCGGUGCAUCGGACACCGAGAACACGAUUGAGGCCGACUCCGCAUACGACUGCUGUGUCCUCGCCAUAACGACCCCCAAUUCGGCCUUCUUCCAAUACACCCCAGCAGCGGCCGGAGCGGCAGGCUCUUGCGGUGUUUACGUCCUCGACGCGAGCACUACGUGCGCUGGCCAGGAUACGUCCCUUUAUGAUGUUGUCUCUGACCCUGGUGACGCUCAGAUCACUGUUGGCAACUCGUAUUGCGGAAAUAUACAAUAGUAUAUCUGGCGGGUGUAUGAUCUUGCCUUGUUCGCUGUUGCGGCAACUCAACGCGACACCGGAUCGCUCUCCGAAUGACCAGGGGGAAUGCGGAUUGCAAAGAGCGCAUCCUUGCUCGGUCGUGCGUAGAAUGCAAUUUUUGUCAGGCGCGUCUCCAAUAUGCAUGCUAUUUCAUCCGCUCACAUACCGUUGCGCGCUAGCUAUGCUACCUGUUCGUGCUCUUUGCCACUUUGCUAUGUCAGAAUUCCCUCGAUAGGAUCGCGGCACUGAAGCCUCCUCCUCAUCACACCCGCAUAAAGAGCUCCUACCGGGCUUCCCCGGGCGAAGGGCGAGUGGCACUUUCCGAUCAGCAGCUGUCAAGCAUCGUAUCUUACAUCUGCAGCUUGGCCUGCAUUAGAGGCCCGAUUGUCUGGGCUACGAGAGGAUUGUCAGCAGUCUUUCGUCGAGAGCUGUGGUUGGAU